UUUUGUUGGAUUCGCGUGUUUGUAAGCAGUCUGUGUGUUUUACGUCUUCGUGCUUCGAAACGUCAGAUUAACUAAUCAGAUUCAAGGAGGUUCACUCGAUUGAACGGUAUCUGAAGGACAUUGGCAAAAAACACUUUUUCACGUAAUUUCGGACCAAAAAAUGUGCCUAGUGUAAGUUGUCUUCAAGACUUCAAGAUCAACAAGAAAGACCUGAAACAAUUAGAAAAUUCUUCAAGAUGUCUAUGAUUGACUUGGAAGCCUGGGUUAUUUAUCAGUGCGUUUGUUCAGAAUGCAGCGACUGUCUCUGAUCUUAUGCUUUCUUUUUGUUGUGUGACCCGCCAAGUUCUGUUAGUAGUUGUGCACUAAACUCCAAGAAUUAUCAUGGGCGACAAAGUUAUAGCCGAGAGCACCACCACCUUCAAGGCUAAGGAUUUCAGCCUAAGGGCCCAAAAGAAAAUCUUAUCAAAGAUGUCUGGCAUGACCGUCUCUAGGGUGUUCAUAGAUGACCAAACUUCGACUCUACUAGACCAUUUGUACCUUCUCGUAAAAAGAUACUUGAACGAUAAAAAAGAGUCCCAGCGGAUAGUCAAGAACAUUAUAAAGACUGUCAUCAAGUUCGCCAUCCUCUUCAGAAACGACCAGUUCGACGAGAGCCAGAAGAGGAUCAUACUCAGGGUCAAGGCCAAGCUGAAGACCCUGGCGAUGAACAUCAUGACCUUCUACGAGAUGGACUUCACCUACGAUAGGGCUUUCUUGUCGCGCAGCAUCCGGGAGUGCCACGACGGCAUCGUGCUAGUGGCGCGUGCGCACCUAUCCCCGAAAAGUCUGACUCGCAUCAACAGGGUCUUCGACUUCUUCUGUCAGGAGGACUUUCUGGACCAAGUGUUCAACGCCUCCGCCUACAAGCCAGACCUCAAAUUGGUGGUUAAGGACCUGAACUUGGCCAUCGACUCCCAGGUCUUGGGUUAGUUGGAAGAUUCUUAUUUAUCGCUCAGAAUACGGGUGGGGACAAAAUAUGGAUGUGUUUAUUAAUUUUUUUUUUAUUAUUUAUUUUUUUUUUUUCGGUCAGAGUUUGUGCCCCCCACGAUGCAGCGUGGAUUUAGAAUGAUUUAUCGUGGUCCUUCUAGUGUUUUUUUAUGAUGGGAACGUAUGAUUUGUUGUCUCGCGAACGUCGUUUUAGAUGAGGCUCAACUGUUCCCGAUUAUGCCUGGGUUUUUAUAACUUCACCGUGACAAACCAGUCCGAUGUGUUUUAUGAGCCGUUGCCCAAACUGGAGUGUACAAGGUGUCCCAGAUUCGAUGCUCGCUGAAAGCAACUCGAGAACUAUAAGAUAUCUAAGAUCUGCUUCCUGAUAUCGUUUCAAAAAAGAGAUCUUGAAGAUUUUUCUCUGCGUCUUAUAGCUCUCGAGAUGCUCGCUCAGUGAGCAUUGGGACUACCUGUACGGUGUUUUUAUGCUCUCUUGGAGUUGCACUUGCCAUUUUUAUAGAGAUGUAGCUAUUUACAAGAACAAAUCGUAUUUUUGGUAAUUCGCCUGUUGGGUCUUUUUUACUAUAGCACUGCGCUAGUUGUCUAUCACCAAAAACACACCCACUCACACAGGGAAAUAUUUUUAAUCCUAGUCGUGUGCUCCACCAUGCAAAAUCACGAUAAGCUGGAUAGUUAGUAACUUGUAACUGCCAUUUUGUCACGAAUUCAAUAAUUUCGGCAUAUCAACGAGAAAGCAAGACCAAUAAUGUAACAAUAUCGGAUGUCAAUAAAUGUAAGUCUACCUUGAUUUUUAUUCAGCUUGUCACAGUUUCCUACACUGAAGAUCCUAAUUUUUCUAAUGUUGGCCGAAGUGGAAUCAAUGUAGAUUGAAUCGAAUCUGUGUGAUAUCUUGAUGAGGUUCAAUGUAAUUUUUUUUUAGCCUUUCGAUAGCAACAUAAAGUUCUUAUCAGGUGAGACCAAAAGUAGUCAAUAAGAGAGAUUGUUGUAUGUGAAUGUUAUGUGUUCGUAUUUAUAUUAAAUGAGAAUAUAUAGUAUGUCGUAAUGAAAAAUUGAUGGAUAUACAAAGGUCUAUUUGUUAAUUUUAUUUGCACUUGGAAUUAUUUCACUAGUCACGAUUUUUUCAAGUUACACUUGCAAUUAUUGCCCAAGUCAAUAAUGUACUGUUAGCUUUGUUUAUAUUUUCUAUCGUAAUCCGAAUGAUAUUCACCAACUCAUAUUUCGAUAUUUAUUUUACUAUUGUAUAAAAGUAAUAAAUUUAAAUAAUUUGAA